AAUAUUUAACUAUUUUAACAAGAGAAACAACAAAAACAAAGAGAGAGAAGAAAUUAAAGAAAAAAAAACUUUAUUAGAAAAUCAAGAUGUUACCAGUUUCUAUUGUUGGAACAACUUUAUUACUUAUGAUCAGUUCACAAUUCAUUACAGGUUUCGUUGUACAUGAUAGCGGAAAUACAAAUCAAAAACCUGAAGAAUCACAAUUUUUCCUUGCCCCAAUUGCGACGGCUAUUGGAACUCAUUUGUUGACAUUUUUAAAUGGAUGCUUCUUGGAUAUUGGGAAUCUGAAGAAAUUGAUUUUCCCUGGAUAAAAAACAGGAAUAUGUCGAUACAAACAAAAGAAACUUCUGUUCAAGUCAUUUUAAAUUAAAGUGAAGCAUCUCUUCUUAUAAAUAAUAAAUGUGUAAAUUAUACAAA